CGCCCUAUUUCUUCCCUCCAUAUGUGCAAUCUCUUUCUCCCCCAGCGCGCGAAAGAACAGCUCCUCCGCCCAAAAAAUCGCUCCUAAAUUCAACGGUCAUCAACCCCACAAUCUCCAAGUCCUCUUCCAUGCUUCCACCCCCAUCAAAUCUCCCUGGCAAAAACCCUAAUUCCCCUCCACCAACAGCCAUGUCUCGCGGACGAAGAGAGAAGUCGCACCGGCCCCUUCUGGCAUCGAAAACUCAUCUGCAAGGUCGUCUAGUCCUUCUGGUAUUCAGAUCCCAUCGGCAGCACCAUAUCCAUAUGGGGGUCCGUUGUUCCCCAACUCUCUGCCAUCGUGGUUUCCUUUCCCACCGUCACAAUCCAUGGCGGGCUCAUCUUCAUACUGUCCUAGUACUGAUAAGAUGGAUGUGCAACUUGAUUUAGAACAAUGGGGGUUGGAAUCUCGUCCUCUCGAUGGUUUUGUUAAUUUUAUCAAAACGCCUGCAAAUGCAAUACAACAUGUGGCGAUAGGGAGUCCAUCACAACCUGUUCAUGUUGACAAUGGAGAUGCCAGUAGAACUGAGAAGCGCUUGUCAUGGACGCAUGAAGAAGAUCUAAGAUUGGUCAGCGCCUGGUUGAAUAACUCAAAUGAUCCGAUAGAAUCAAAUUUCAAGAAGAACGAUAAAUAUUGGGCUGAUGUUGCUGCUGCUUACAACAACACUACCCCUAAUAGCCGACUUAGGCAGAUUAAGCAAGUUAAGAAUCGCUUUCUUAAGAUCAAGAAAAAGGAACUACUAGGCUUGGAUGUGUACUAGAGAUGUUGUAUUUCUCACAGGUCGUUGGCAACUAAUCAAGAUGGCUUGUAUGGAGAUCAACAAUUAUCUCAGUUCAUAAUCAGACCAAGAACACUAUCUAGUUUUAGUUAUCCUUUUGUUGAAUGGCAUGUUACCAAGAGAUUUAUGAAUUAUUGUACUGCUUUGGUUUGUUGUAUGUCUUCUUAGCGUCUAAUUAGACCAAGAACUUUAUUUAGUUUCAGUUAUCUUUUGUUCAAUGGCAUGCUGU